AUAAAAUGUAGGCAACGAUGUGUCGCUGCCGUCACCCAUCGCCACUUCUCCCCGCCACGCCACACGCCUGCCAGUGCGGACCUCCUCGGCGAUGCAGUAGCACUGCCGCAACUCCUGUCUCACAAAAAUGUCCGUCAGAUCCUGCGAUUCUCCGUACAACCGCAAGUCACCAACUGAACAAGCACAGGAAAAUCCCUCAUUCAGGCGAAGUGUCAAUCUUGCUCAUGCUGGUUUGUCUUACUGUCCAGGUCCCGGAGCGAGCUGUGCUUGGCCUGCACCUUCAGGAGACAGGGCAGCCGCGUUGGCGUCCUUGGUGGGGCCGAAGGGAGACAGCACUUGUGCGAUGGUGGCGGGGGAUAGGUUGUCGCUCAGCCCGUCCGUGAAGACCACGAUGCAGUCCUUGUCUUGGACGGGCACACUGGCGACGCUCAUGCCCUGCUGCGUCUUCAGCUGGUCAGCUGUUGGGGUGGGGGGGGGCGUGCCGUCGCUGCUGGUGGCGGGUGGCAGCAUGGCCAGCUGAAGGGGGCGGUUGGGCUCGGUUGGAUCCACCAUAGGGGCCGUCCGGUGGAUCUCCCAAGGCCUUCCCGAGAUGAGGGGCGACGGAGGACCAUGGCGCCCGAGUCGCCAAAGUUGGCGAUGUCGGCGGAGAUGGACCCGUCGGCCUCCUCACUCAAUGCCAUCCCAACUGCCGUGGUGCCGCCCACACGCCCGGGGGGGCUGCGUGAGAAGUGAAAGAAGUUCCUGUCGCGAUAUAAAAUGUAGACAGCGAUAUCCACUGCAG